UCUCGAUUUUUCUCCCCAUUUCACUGUUUCACUCUAAGGUGGAGGAGAUCCGACGAAUUGGGGAAACAAAAACCCUAAUCCUAGAAAAAGUUCGAUCUUUCUCUCAACAUCUAUUUUCCCCAUCAUGGUGGGAAUGACGCAAGCCCUGUCUACCCAAUUUAAGAGCUGCCGUCUACUUCUAGGAAAUGUUUGGAACAAGGAACUGUCUAUCGUACAACGUCGUAUUCUCAGAAAACUGAGGAGCAAGAAGAGAUCCCGAAGUCGAAAUGUUGUGGCAAACCAGAACAGUCACAUUCAAUUGGCCACUCGCCGAAAGUUGUCCCUUUUUUACCACGAAGGAAUCCAUAGAAGAGAACGAACAACAUCUGAAUUUGUCCCGUUUUUACUCGAUCUAGAAAGGAGAUUGGACGUUCUUCUGGUUCGUACCCAUUUUUGUCAAAGUAUCCCUCAAGCAAGGCAGCUGAUCAGUCAUGGAAAAGUAUGCAUUAAUAAUGCAGUCAGAAGUAUUAAUCAUUUCAAAGUUUCCCCUGGUGAUGUAAUCUCAUUCCAAAACAAUGAGGCGGUCACUGCAGAAAUUCGGAGAUCUCUCUUUUGCUCAGUACUCAAAAUUAUGGGUCAAGUCCAGAAUCAGCCCAUCCGAAUGUGGAGAAGAACCAAAGUAGAAUGGUUACGUCUACUCAAAACUAAAGCAGGCAGCCGUGUAUUAAUGAAAUCAGACUUUUUGAGAGACUUGCAUUCCACAACUCAAGAAGCAGCAAUAGAAAAAUCUAAGAAGACUGGUAGUGCAGCAGUCUGCCUAGGCAGUCACUUCGCUGAGCACAACAAAAUGAAGACCCAUUUGUACAAUUUCACCUGGAGAAUGCUCAAUUUGGCAAAUAACAUGACGAUACCAAAAUGAAUAAGCUGCGUAAAGUAGAUGGACAUGAUUACUUUACCUGAUAAGAUGUGGUUCCUGUCACUUUUGAUGCUAUGGGGUCUGGGAGAGAACCUUGCAGAGAAUACAUGCAUCUGGUAGGUAGGUCUAAAGUCAUGUAAACUUCAUCAUAUUCUCAUGAAUUAAAGACAGUGAGAGGUUGCUGUUAGACAUCCAUAGGCUUUUCAAUGUGUGGCUAUUCUGCAGCUGCCAUCUAAUGUUGCUUAUCUUCUCUAAUGAGACAAUUUUGUAUCUUUUCCCCCUUGUUCUUUCCUUUCUCUUGGUAUGUUCAGGUAACAAACUCUUUUCAUAUGUUCCGGGUUAAGUACUGCUCAAUGUGACAGUCUUUUUUCUGUAUCUUUGAAAUUUCUGUCUCCGGUUGAGCAAUAAUGUCAGUUCUGCACAUUUGUGUUGGAUCCUUAAGAAUCUUAUGGCCCAUUUCUGGGGGUUUUGAAGA